AUAAUCAACUGACCACUGGACCCGCUCGAUACGGAGGCUGGUCAGCCGUAAUGCCCACGUACAGACUGGUUUAAACACACAAGGACCAGCUCCGCGUUCUCUCGUGAGGGAGAUUGUUCCGUCACAUGGUGAUGCAGACGACUGUGAAAGGAAACUUAGAUACGUGCAUUUAAUAAACUCGCCGACACAAGGGGUCGGCUCCUCCCUCCAGGUAUGAACAAACGUGACGCGUACACCGGAGUAUCAUCUACUGGUUAGCUACUUAACCGUACAGAUGUGCUAUAUAUAGCGUAAAAUGAACUGGAUUACCUGCUUUUAAACUGGACGUUCAUAUUCUUAACGAUUUAGGUUAUUUUAUCUUACGUGGGGUGUGAUAUUUCUUUUAAAGCUUCGCUUUGAGUGUAGCUGCAAUUUGGAUUUAUAUCGCUUUGAUGUGUAAAUGUUUCAACAUCGCAACGCCCUUUCGAGAGGAUAUCCCACCUUAACUUAGGCACCAAAGGAGAGGAUAAAUUCAACCAAAUGCGGUGUCUACACAGAAUGGAUCAAACGCGGUAUUCAAGGUUUGUUCUAAGAAAGGAACGGAGACAACUGCAAAUAUCCGGAAAGAUGGAUUAAGCUUUUGAUAAAACUGCAGUAGAAUGCCGCUUACGACAGGAGGACAUACAUAUGAUUCUCUUUUGUACCUGAGAAUUCUUCUUCGCGAAACUCGUUGUUGUUAUGCUGUUGAGGAAUAGCUUACCCGUCAGUUCAGAUUUGUCCAUUGGUUUUUGUCUUUCGCGGGAUUGUGAAUUGGAUGGUUCAUAAUCAUAUAAGAGAUCUAUUCUAAUUUCGGAUAAGAUGCUUUCUCGGUGAAAAUUAAUUUCUGGGGUGCAAAAUAUAAACGUAGUCAUCAGAGGAGUUCCGAGAGAGGAUUAUUCAAUUUUGUGUGUGUGUAAGCCGAUAUUUACUAUGAGGCCAUGGUUUAUCGUUCGGAAGCUUCGGCCAGUAUUGUACAUAAUGGCUGGACUGUGGUUGAUCUCAUCGGUCCAACAGGUGUCGGAUAUAGAAUCCAAGGGGUUCCUAAGGGGCCGACUCUUCGGACACCGUGUGAUGCGAGCACUGAAGGAAGUCCCAUUGGAGCCGAUUUCGUACCGAAGGGAGUUUAUGAGAAAUUAUCCAUUGCAGGUCGAUCUCUUGCCGUACGUGUUGGAUAAAAUAAAAAAUGGCACUGACAUUCCAUUUAAAAAGCGGUACCAUCAUAACUAUACGUACAUACACAAGCCGGACAGCUGUAAGUUUUAUAGUCAAAAAGGCGCCAAGCUAGCAAUCUUGGUCAAAUCGGCUGCCCAGAACUGGUAUCGACGCCACACUGUACGGACCACGUGGGCCAAGAUACAUCCGGGCAUUAUAAAAGUCGUAUUUUUAGUUGCCUACAAUAAAUCCGUACAGGGCAUGGUCGAUUACGAAGCUGAUUUCUACAAAGAUAUCGUCCAAGAAAAUUUCCAGGACGCUUAUUUUAACAAUACGUUAAAAACAGUCAUGGCAUUUAACUGGGCAAUGGAGUCCUGUUCUGAUGCUAAUUAUUUUUUGUUCGUUGACGAUGAUCAUUUUGUUAAUGUUCCGGGAUUAGUGCAAUUUAUAAAGAGCCUAUCACGUGAAACUAAGGAAAAUUUAUUUCUAGGAUUUUUAAUAUCUUGUGGAGAACCAGAAAGAGCGAAAACAUCGAAAUGGUAUAUUUCCCUCGAACGUUACCCUUUUGACCUCUGGCCGCCAUAUUUAGCGGGAGGUGCAUUCGUCACUUCCUUCUCGGUAACACAGAAGAUGCAGAUGGCGUUUCCAUAUGUAAAACCUAUUGGUAUAGAUGACGCCUAUCUAGGAAUGGUGGCUAAAAAACUCUCUAUCCGCCCAAUGGACAGUGUCCACUUUCACACCACCGGACCUUAUGCAUCUUACGAAUAUUUUAUACAUGGGAAAUUAAAAUCAAACAAAACUGGAGAAACACCGCACGAUGUUCUUUCACUUCCAAAGACAGAAUGUGUAUGACGAAUAAGAUGGAACGAAUUAUGUGAAUGACGGAUUCGUAAACAUCAGUUUUUAUUUUAGCUGAUUUAAGGGUAUAUGCUGCCUAACAAUUAUUCUACCUGUCCUGUAUACGCGAAUUAUGUCCCUUGAAAAGCGAUAUAUAAUUAACGCUUCACUAUACAAAUCUGUGUUGGUCUACGUUCAAAAUAUAUAAUCAUUCAUAAAUUGUAUGCAAAACACAUUUCAUAACAAUGUCAUUCAGAGUGUAACUCUUUUGAAUUGGAGGAUGAAAAAGUCCAGUAAUAAGUACCUUGGUAUUAUGAGUGCCAAUAUUGUCAUCACUUACUCAGCAAGUUGUUUUUGAGUGACCAAUCUAUCCAUUUUUUUAUAAUUUUUUUUCAUAUCCACAGAACAUGGCUUUUGAAAUUAGUUCCCUUCUGUUUUUAAUAUAAUUUUUUUUAAUACAUUGUACCUGUUUAGUAUAUAGAUAGGUUUAAUUUUAACAAGAUAGCAGAAAAAUAUUUAGUAUUGCUUUUUUAGCUUUAUGCAUCAUAUAACGGGAUAUGCUUUUAAAACGACUGACAUCGCAUUUUAAAAUCAUCAAAUGGCCUUAAAAAUACUAGCUUUCAACAAAGACAAUUUAAGAAAACUCUCUUAUAUCUUUGCCUGAAAAAAAGACUUGAUGAUUUAUUCUGAAUCUCGAUAAUUCUCGCCAAUGCUCCGAAUAAGUCCGAGUCUUGACGGAAUUGGCCGGGAUGUUCGGCAGUGAUAGAUUUUACCAAUACUUGUAAUGAAUCCGAGAAGAAAAAAACUUACGACAAAUGUAAAAACAAAAGAUGAAAAAAAUUCGUUAUGUUUAAUUGCAAAAUCCUGCUAAGAUUUGUUUCCAUAGAAUAGGUGAUAUUUGUGUGGUUUAGACUUCAAACUAUCGCAUAAAAUUUUACAAUAAUUUUACUUUUUAUGUAUGUGAUCUUUUGCUGUUAGGCAUGUCAAUACUUAAAGGAUAUCCCUGCUAUACAUUGCAUACCCCCCCCCCCCCCCCUUUUUUUUUAAAAAUGUAUAUACUUAAAUAUAAAUAUUUAUAUAAUAACAUGAUACUUUUGGAUCUUUGACAAUGCUUGUCUUAAGUUUAAUGGUUUGGAAUUUUUAUCGAUUCUCCCACACCAAUUUUUCACCUAUAGAGACAUGCUUGUCACAGAUUUUCAGACACGCUUAGGUAUCUCGGACAAGAAACCUGAUUGUUGAAUAAAUCAUAUAUUAUAUUUUUAUAAGAUGAAAAUUGAAAACCUCAUAUUUAGUGCAACUGGUAACGUUAAGAAGACCACAGACUGUUGUCUAUGUUCUUAGUUUAAAUUGUAUUUUAUUUGUGAUUCAAUACAACAUGUAGUACAGCAACAUACAUUUUUUUUCUUUUGACGGAAUGAGAAACAAAACGGAUUCUGAGCUGUCUGGGUGAAAAGAAAAACGGAAAAAACAACAACAAACAGAAAUCAGAAGAUUUGUCAGCUGGUUAUUUGUUCGUUUCUUUUUGAUCUGUUGUCAAUAGCCAUGCCUAUCAUAAAGCAAUGAAAUAUAAAUGAACAAAAACAACAAAUGUGUAAAUCAAUAUAUAUGUAUAAAUGGAAGUGGAUUAUGAAAAUAUGAUGAUUUUUUUUACGUGGAAAAUCAAUUUCAUUUACCAUAUUAAUUUGAAAGCAUGAUUUUUUAUGAGGAAAUUUCGCUGAAGUAACAAAUACAAUUCGAUAAGGGAGGUCUUGCGCUGAACAUUCAUUUAUUUUCUAGUAGUUUGUGAUAAGUAGAUUAGCCAAAUUAUUUAUAAUUUAGUAUUAUGUAUAUUAUUUCUGCGACAGAUAAUUAUAAUAUAUUAAGUAUUUAUUCAGGUUUUACAAAUAUUUAUUGUUUCAAAUUAUUAUUAUUUUUUAGAUAUUAUAUUAAAUAUGGAUUACAUUGCUCAAGAAAACUGACUUCGUGAUAAUAGUAUGCACUUUGUAGUAUUCAAAGCUUGAGUUAGUGUGUGUCUCCAUCAUUAUAGGAGAAAUGUUCGGGGGUUUCCGGAAGAAAGCCGGAAAUUGCCGAGACUUGGUAUACCUAUGACGUCAAACCUGACUGAGGUGUGCCUAAAGAAAAGUAUCUUUCUGAAUCGAUAUAAUUUCAGAGAGAUACCGGAAUAUUGCUAUUUUGAAUAAUAGAUUUUUACCCGAUUAUUUACAAUUAAAAAAAAAAUCUCGUCAAUACUGUGAUAUGUUUAAAAAAUUCAAAUACAUUACUUAGACGUUUAUGACAAUUAUCCAAUGAACAAAUAAACAUACUCUUAUCAUCAUUGUGAAUAAAGAUAUGCUCGAACGAAACAUUAUUUCACAUCAACAAUUCAUGUUUCAAAUGUCUUAGUGUUUGGACAAAUUCACUUUUUUUUUUAAAAAAAAAUCAGAUAAAUUGACAAACAUUAGUCGGAAUAACUUCGUGAAUUUCCGUCAAAGUUCCGAUUGUGACGUCACAAAAUUAUUAAGCCUGAUUACUACCUGACGGAAAUACUCGAACAUUUCCGAUUUGAAUAUCUUUAAUACCACUAAUACAAUUACUCAUCAAUCAACCACUCAUAGUUGAUUAAAUUGUAACAUGUUAAUACAAUCACAGUAAAAAGAGGCAUUUGUGACACAAUAACUUAAAAAUGUUAAAAGCCAGCCAAUUAUGGCUUAUGAGACACUUAAUAUAAAAUGUGUUCACAUAUCUAUAAAAAAUUCUAUUGAAUAUCAAUCAUGUUGCUUAGUUUCAAGAUAAUGAAUAGCAUUAAAACAACAUAUUAAAGCUAUAUUUAAAGCAAUAAGUAUGUGAUAAUUGUUUUGGGUAGCUGUACCUAAAAUGUCACACAUCCCUUAUCAUUGGGAUCACAAUGAACUAGCGGGAUGGGUGGAAAUGAUAUUUUCGUUUGUGUCCAUAGACACUGCAUAAAGAAUUGGUACAAUUUGACGAUUAUAAUAUUUUUGUUUGAAUGUAUCUGAUGAAUAUUGAAAUAUUGGAAGAGGUUGAUGUGGCCAAUUUAACCAAGAAUUAUUUUUAUUUCUAUCCUGACUAUUGUUAGUAUAUCAGACUGCCGUCCUAGUGCUGAUUUCAUUCCGAUGUGGUUGUCAGAUUAAAUAUAUAUAUAUAUAAUUAAUGUAUGUUUGUUUGUGAGAUAAUCUUGGAAUCAUUUGUAGUAGAAUUCUUAAAAAGUGUGAGUACUGCUUUGUAUGAAAAUUACCACGUUGUCUGGUAAAGGUUCCUAGAAAAGAAAGACAGAGAGAGAGAGAAAAAAAACCACAGAGAGAGAGAGAGAGAGGGAGAGAGAGAGACACACACACAGAGAGACAGAGAGGGAGAGAGAGAGGGAGAGAGACAGAGACAGAGACAGAGAGGGAGAGAGAGAGAGAGAGGGAGAGAGAAAGAGGGAGAGAUAGAGAGAGAGAGAUGGGUGCUUUUUUAGUUGGAAACGAGGAUAUCAAUCUUUUAAAACAUAUUCAGGUUAUUAAGCAAAAAGAUUACCAGUGAAAAAUAAAGAUACAUUAUAUAUAACACA